AUGUACGACCGCUUCGCGACUCUGAUCGCUCGACACUGGCUCAUCGUGAUCCUGGCCUGGGCCGCGAUCAUCUACGGUGCCAAUCACGUUGCCCCGGUCUGGGAUGAAGUCACCCACGAUGGCGACCUGGCGUACAUGCCAGAACAAAUGACCUCGGUCCGUGGCCGCAAGCUAAUGGACCAGGCCUUCCCCAACAGUAAGGCCAAAAGCCAGAUCGCCCUUUUGGUUGAACGGCGCGACGGUGCUCUGCGAAGUGAAGAUCUCGCAAUCGUAGAUCAUUUGUCGGCCAUCUUUCGAUUGCUGGCCGAACCUCGCGGCAACACGAUCUUCGGAUCCGACGCGGUUAUCAAUAAUCUGAUCGCCGAGAACUUCCGGCUCUUGGUUCGCCACCCCGGGGGCAAGCUUGACGAAUCAGAUCGCCAGAUGCUUCAGCAGUUGGUCGAAUCUUGGCGCCCACCAGAUGCGAACGAACUUCCACUGGUCGAAGUGUGGAGUCGCCGCGAUGAGGUGGUUGGCGAGAAACUUGUCAGUUCUCAAAACGAAUAUGGCCAGGCAGCCCUGGUGCUGCUUCUGCUACGCAACGAGUUCAUGGCCACGGCCAAUAUGAAGCUGCUCGACGCCACCGAGGCGCUGCUUGCUCGCGUGGAAGCGGCCCCCGAGUUCGAGCCCGGCGGAUUGCAGUUAGCCAUCACCGGCUCGGCAGCCAUCGGGGCCGAUACCCUUCUGGCGGCUCAGGAAAGCAUCAGCAAUAUCGAGCUGACCACCGUGAUCCUCGUGGUGGCCAUUCUCGUCGUGGUUUAUCGCGCACCACUGCUGGUGCUCGUCACGCUCAUCACCAUGGUCGUCUCGGUGAUGGUGGCGGUCGACUUCGUUGCCAUCCUCACCCAACUCGAUCUGUUCGGCUUCAAGAUAUUCAAGACGACGAAGAUCUUCGUGGUCGUCAUUCUGUUUGGGGCAGGCACCGACUACUGUCUGUUCCUCAUCUCGCGCUACCGCGAAGAGCUGGAGAAAGGACUCGACAAAGAAACAGCCGUGGCCAAAGCCCUGGCCGGUGUGGGCGACGCAUUAGCCGGAAGCGCACUGACCACCAUGGUCGGUCUGGGAAUGAUGGCCUUCGCCGCCUUCGGCAAGUUCCGCUAUAGCGGACCGGCCAUCGCCUUGUGUCUUGCCGUGGCGCUGGCCGCCUGUGUCACCUUGACCCCUGCCUUGCUCCGCAUGUUCGGCACCGCGUUGUUCUGGCCCUUUGGCGUCAAUGUGAAACGCGAGCGCAAAGAGCACAAAUCACACGGCACCGUCCGCAAGUUGCUCGACCGUCCCAUCUUCAGCGGGUUCUGGGGACGCAUGAGCCAUGCCAUCACCGCCAGGCCCGGGCUCAUCCUCAUGUGUAGCCUUCUGCUGAUGGCCCCCUUCGCCGUCGCCGGCUAUCAAGUCGAUAUCAGCUACGACCUUUUAGGCGAUCUAUCGAGCGAUCGUCCCAGUGUGCAAGGAGCCGAUUCGCUUAAGCGACACUACGAGCCCGGCGACAUCGGCCCGACCACCGUGUUGGUUUACCAGAAGGAUGGUGAUCUCGACUCGGUCGAAGGUCGCAAGAAGAUCGCCAGCCUCUCAGCCCAACUUGCUGAAAUCCCCGGUGUAAAGAAAGUUCGUAGCCUCACCCAACCCACCGGCGAUCCGCCCAGAAGACGAGGGCUGACGCUCAGAGGAUUGCGUCGACAAACCAUCAACGUCCAUCCGCGCACCCAGGCCAUCUAUCUCACCGAGCAACCCGGCCUGGCGGGCGACGUCACCCGACUCGACCUGGUGUUGACCGAAGACCCUUUCUCAAAACGCAGCGUUGCCCUGCUCAAUCAGGUUGAUCGCUACCUGCUCUCACUGGGACAAGAUCCAGACUCUCUCUGGUACGGAGCCAACUUCGAGUUCCAAGGCACCACUGCCGGGGUCCGCGAUCUCGAGGCCGUCACACUCGGUGACUCAAGGCUCAUCAAGCAACUCGUUGUGAUCGCGGUACUCACCGUGCUCAUUAUCAUUCUCCGCAGCCCGUUGAUCUGUUUUUAUCUCAUCGCCUCGGUCAUGUUCAGCUACUUUGUCACCAUCGGGGCGACCGAGUUGAUGUUUGGCUGGGCAUACGGCGAAAGCUUCAGCGGCCUGGACUGGAAAGCCCCCAUCUUUCUUUUCGUAAUCCUCAUCGCCAUCGGCGAAGACUACAACAUUUACCUCACUACGCGAAUUUUCGAAGAGCAACGUGAAUUCGGUCUCUUUGAAGGUCUGCGGCAGGCGGUUACCAAAACCGGUGGCAUCAUCACCAGUUGUGGGCUGAUCAUGGCGGGGAGCUUCAUGUCGAUGAUGACCGGCACCCUCCGGGCCAUGUCAGAACUCGGCUUCGCACUCUCUCUAGGUGUACUUCUCGAUACCUUUGUGGUGCGACCGAUUCUAGUGCCGUGUUUUCUGGCGCUGCUGUAUCGCUGGCGAGGCGAAAAGGGGAGCAACGUGACUCCACAAGAGGUUUUGGCUCUUUGUCGUGAAAAGAACAUUAAGUCGGUCGAUCUCCGAUUUAUGGACUUUCCUGGACUUACGCAACACUUCACCAUUCCCGUAUCGAAGCUCGACGAAGACGUCUUCGAGAACGGUCUAGGGUUCGACGGAUCGAGUAUCCGCGGCUGGCAGGCCAUCAACGAAAGCGACAUGCUGUUGGUGCCGCAAACCGAAACGGCAAUCAUCGACCCCUUCUGCGAACUCCCCACGUUGGUCCUCACCUGCAAUAUUCAGGACCCCAUCACCCGUGAGGAUUACACUCGCGACCCUCGUAACGUCGCCCGUAAGUCGGUGAACUACCUCAAGAGCUCUGGCAUUGCCGACACAUGCUUCAUCGGUCCAGAAGCCGAGUUCUUCAUCUUCGACGACGUGCGAUUCGACCAACGUGCUCACCAGGGAUACUACUACCUAGACAGUAUCGAAGGUGAAUGGAACCGUGGUCGCGACGAAGGCCCCAACUUGGGCAACAAGCUGCGGCACAAGGAAGGUUACUUCCCGGUGCCCCCGGCCGACCAGUUCAUGGACAUUCGCAACGAGAUGAUGCAGAUCAUGAUCGACUGCGGUCUCGAUGUGGAAGCCCAGCACCACGAAGUCGGUACCGGCGGUCAGGCUGAAAUCGACCUGAAGUUCGACGAGUUGGUCAGCAUGGGUGACUCGAUGUGCCUGUACAAGUACAUCGUGAAAAACGUCGCCCGCAAGCACGGCAAAACCGUCACGUUCAUGCCGAAGCCGCUGUUCUCCGACAACGGAUCGGGUAUGCACACUCACAUCUCGCUGUGGAAGGACAACGAGCCGUUGUUCGCCGGUAGCAAGUACGCCGGGCUCAGCGAGACGGCCCUCUACGGUAUCGGCGGCCUGCUCAAGCACGCCCCGGCCAUCCUGGCGUUCACGAACCCCACGACCAACAGCUACAAGCGGUUGGUGCCCGGGUUCGAGGCUCCGGUCAACCUGGCCUACUCGCAGCGUAACCGCUCGGCUGCGGUUCGUAUCCCGAUGUAUAGCGCCAGCCCGAAGUCGAAGCGUGCCGAGUUCCGUUGCCCCGACCCCAGCUGCAAUCCAUACCUCGCCUUCUCGGCGAUGUUGAUGGCGGUGAUCGACGGCAUUCAGAACAAGAUCGAUCCGGGCGAUCCGCUCGAUCGCGACAUCUACGACAUGCCGGCCGCAGAACUGGCCGAAGUGCCCAAGGCUUGUGCCUCCCUCGAAGAGUCGCUCAACGCUCUCAAGGAAGACCACGAGUUCUUGCUGCGAGGCGAUGUCUUCACGCAGGAUGUGGUCGACACCUGGAUCGACUACAAGAUGACCAACGAGGUGGAUGCCCUGCGUUUGCGUCCGCACCCGUUCGAGUUCUGCAUGUAUUACGACAUCUAA